UCCAUCCAUCCAGCAGAACCAUGUGCCGCGGAAGUAUGCACAACGACAGCUACGUGCCGCGCGGUUUUAUGUGUCAAACCUCCACCGUUUCGGGACGGCUUUGAUGUAGAGUACAAAAGCGCUUUCGCACAAUGUCUUCUGCACCUCGCCGAUGACUGGCAUCGCCGAACAUGGGAGGCUCAUACGAUCUGCAUAGCAUCGUUCGCAACCUGCGUUCCAACAAGAUCACGGACCGCAAAAGGGCGUUCUCCGCAUUGAGGAGUGCGUUGAAGGACCAGAGCAUCCUUGCCUCCCUGGACAAGAACACGCUCGACAAAGUCAGCCUCACCUGGGACCUGGUUGCUGGCAACAUCGCCAAAGUCAUUGAGCAGGAGCUUAACAAGUCUACUGGACAUGGCAAGAGCAGAGUGGCAGGGCCUGAUGUGCUUGCUGCUGUCAUGCUGCUGCGAACAGUGGUUCAGCUGGCCAACAGAAGCCGAAAUAAGUGCCGUGGCCGUGCAGGACAAUCGCUGCUGAACCCACGCAAGAUGUUGGAGCAUGUCCAACGAGUCCUGGCUGGAGGCCCAUGGGAGCAGCAGCUGCAGGUGCAGUACACUCGCCUCCUACGGCUGCUGCUGCUACUCGAUGGGUGGCAGGCCACGCUGCCGCCGUCCCUCUACCACGGUCUGGUCGAAGGAGUGUGCCAGCUUCUACGCUCAGACAAGGAGGACACUGACGUGGUGGCUCUCAGCAGCACCCUGCACCACCUGGUGACCUUGGGUUUCUACCAGGAAGAUGCCUGCCUCGAGACGGUCCUCAGGACCCUGGCUGGCUCCUUUGCCAAGAUCAGGGAGACUGGCACGGCCAGCCAAGUAGUUCUGCAGCUGUCCAGCCUGGUGGAAGUGGGUCGUCGGCUGGGGGCCAGGAGGCGUCGAUUGCUGUGCACACUGGGCGAGCCCCUGGUGCGGACCUUGCUGCUGCUCGGCACCUGGAAUUCUCCACAGAUCAAGGUGCUGUCUCUGGAGUUCCUUGCCCUGCAGCUGAGCCUGCACAGGACGAGCGAUGCCGACCAGAGCGGGUGGCAGUGCCUGCUCAGAGACUGGCAUCACCUGCUGAUGCAACAGCUGCAGGAGGCCUCGGUGCUCAACCAGCAGGAGCUGCGCGUGCGGAGGGCCCAGGUGUGGCUGGCUGCCGAGACCCUGCACCAGCUGGAGCCAUCGGGCACUGCCCUGCACACUGCGGUGGCUGCACUGGUGGCUGCAAAGUCCCUUGGUCGAGAUGUGCUGCCCAGGCUGGAGGUCCUCGCCUGCUACCUGUGGAAGUACCCGGAAACUGCUGGUCACAUGUUGCCCAGCCUUCAAAAGCUGCUGGAAUUUCUCACACAGUGCUACUCAUCCUCUAAGCUGCUGGAUGUGAAACGCUGUGUCCUUCGGUGCUACCACGGGGUGGCCCAUGCACUUGUAGCUGGCCAGAGACCACCAUGGCCCCUGUGGAAUGUAGUCUGGGAACAGACCGCCAAGACCGUCUUCUUGAACCAGUGCGUGGAGGAAGGCCACCUGGUGCUGCAGGAGCUUCUGCGGAAACAGCUGGCGGCCUGUUCCGACCUUGGUUCUCUAUUUUGCCCAGGCCGACCGCUCGAGCCCUCGGCUCUGCGCAGCCUGUGUGUGACGCUGUGCCAGGCGACUCACGUGGAUGCCCUGCUGCCCGAGAAGCACAGGUGGCGUCUGUGGCUACUGGAGUUGCCAGCCACUGUCCAGCUGGGAUCUGCCCUGGUGAUGGGGGCUGAGCUCCUUGCUGCCUUGUGCUUGGCACGGCCGGCCACUGCCCUGGCCUCACAGUAUAGUCCACCUCAGGUCUGGCAGGACCCAUACCCUUGGAGGGCUAUUCUGGAUGCCGACCUUGAGCGUCGGACUACCGCUGUUCCACGCACAGAGUCUGGCGCCAAGGACACAGGCAGUUGGCACAAGUCACCAGUAACUGUUGUCGAGACUGCCUGGGAGGCCACAUUGGACACACUGGCCAAACAGGGGCUGGCAUUUCUUGACUCCAUUGAGACGUUGCCAGCAUGCCUCUGUUCUGGGGCCAUGGGUGCCAUCUUACUCACGCACAUGUGGCGACUACAGGUGAGGCCAGCCCUGUUCGACAGCCCUCUGGUCCAGCAGCUGCAGAGCUGCCUGCGGGACUGCACGGAGAAGUUGGUGCACCAGCAGCAGUGCUGGAAGGAUGCUGCUUGGCUCUGCCUGCUGGAGGCCCUGCUGUCUUACGUGGAGGGGGGGCCAGCCCCGGCCUGUGCAUGGCUGCUGGGUGCCUUGCCACAGGAGCUCGACGACUGCCUGCUCACCACCCUUCGAGCAACACCGGACUGCAUUGGCGAUGACAUCGGUGUGCGGCCGCAUGGUGAUGUGACCGAGGGUUGCCAUGUGGACAGUGACGAGUGGGCCGAUGACAGCCUGCCAUCAUCCAGUGUGGCCUCUUCUCAGGGCUCGAGUGGUGAUGACUUUGAAUUUGCUGACACAGGACAGCCCGUCUGCUAUGACAUGGCUGCCACGGUGCUGUCACCAGACCGGCUCACCCAGGAGGAGACGCAACAGCUGGCAGUGCUGCGCAUUGCCUUGUCUUACUUCUGCCUCGGCCGCCGUGCUGCUGCUGCUGCUGGAGGUGCCCUAGACCUGUUGCUCCAGCUGCUGGAGGAGGCAGCUCGAGGGCUCAGCGCAUGGAGCAUCCAAGCAGCGUUACAGGUGCUGCGGAUGCUGCUUGAACGGGCGGAGCUGUUGAAUGAGGCCGAGCUGUUCUCACUGGUUGAUGCACUCAGGGAGCUGAUGAAAGUCCACUGUCGUCAGCUGGACGUGUCGGCUGCCUUGCUGGAGCUUGCAAGACUCUGCGUGCCGGCGCUGAACCGCCGGGUGGCUGGCACGGAGCUGCGCCACUGCUUCCUAGUGGUGCUUGAUGCUUACACUGCACUGCUCUCACAAGGAAUCCUCAAUGAGGCUGUCUCCCUGGCAUUUCUGCGUCUUCUCUUGGAGUGCCUACAGGAGCCGAGCAGCUCGUGGGUGCGUCUCACGGUUGACGGUCAGCCGGUCUCGGUGCUUCAGUACACUCUCCGCUUCUUGGGCAGCAGCCACGACUCUGUCAGGACACUGGCGGCAGAGAAUAUGGCUGUUUUCCUCAGAGGCCAACAACCAGCCAGCCUGCAGGCCUUGCUGCCACUUUUGUACAAGCAUCUUGAAGCCGACGUGAGCAGGGAAGACGAGCACCACUCGGGCUGCCUGGUGUUUGCCACUGCACUUGCCAACGCAGCCAUCGCCUUGGGACCGCACCUGGGAGGCACGGCCACUGCACUGGUCCUCCAGGCAGUGCGAGACCGGGGCCUGCCGGACACCCUCGCUGCAAAGGUCCUUGGCUUUGCGCACGCCGAUCCCUGGGCAGAGGUGCACCUGCCUGCCGUAGUCUACCACUGGCUGAGACGAGGUCUCCCCUUGGCCGAGCUGCCCGUUAGCGCACUUGGCUGCUCGUCGGCCACGCAGUUCUGGAAGUGCCACUGGGUUCGGGUCCUGCCAGCAGUGGUGGAGUGCUGCCACAGCAGGGCUGUCCAGCUGGUGAGCGACAGUGUAUCCAUUCCUGCCAGGGAGUUGCUCCGGCAGGUGGCGCCCUCUGUGCUGAGCCGUGCAUUGCCAAGCUCGGAGCCCCUGCGCUUCCUCCAGGAGCACUUGUCACCAGAGGUUGUGGAACAGGUUUUUGUGGACCAUCUCCCUGAGGUGCUGGUGUCUGUACUUCAGCUCGCCUGUGACCUUCCCACUCAUGCAACGCCCCAUGAUGACCAAUACCCUCCGUGCUUGGGUGAAGGCCAGGUGCAGGAGUGCCUGCAGCUUCUGGAGCGCAAGUGCUGCGGUGAUCUUCUGGCAGUGCUCUUGCGCAAGCGGGAUGGUGUGCAACUGGUGCUGGAAGGAUUGCAGCAGUGUGCUGGCCCCCGCCUGGCUGCACUCAAGCACCUGGUUGCCAUGGUGUCACUAGCGCUGGCAAGACCGACCGGCCUUGGGGGCUCCGAGUGCUUUGUGCUGCGAACGCUGACGAGGCAGCUGCUGCGCAAGCUCCCGGUUCAAGGUGGUGCGGAUGACACUGUGAGGCUCGUGGCACGUCUUCUCCGUCAGCUGUACGAGGCUUCUCUGGUCUACAAGGAAGCUGCAAGAAACUUGCCACUCAUCAUUAAUGCCCUGGCACCAUUUGUCGAUGACAAGAAUACUGCUGUGGAGGUGCAGCGUCUGGUGCAGAUUCUGUUGUCGGAUGAAAAACUGGAAGCGGCAGCAAUGCUUGUGCUCCCACGCUGCUGCCACGGCUCCCUGGAUGCAGUGCAGUUGCGCCUCAAGCAGGGACUCGUCACUCAGGUGCUCGCCGUGUUCACCCAAUCACUCAAGCAGGACCUGCUCAGUGGUCAUGAGGACAUUGGCACGCUGGUUGCACUUGGCAGUUUGCUGAAGGAGCGUCGUGCCGACCUGCUGAUGGACAUGCAGGGGAAGCUGUUCUUCACGGAGGCAGCCAGCUCGAGUCCCUUGCACCAGCUAGUGGUGGUCCUCUUCCAGCAAGCCAGGUCCCCACACCGGCAGGUGAGAGAGGCUUCCCUGCACUGCCUUGGCAUCCUGGGUCCCAUCGAGUGGCACCUGCCGUGCCUGUCCACUGCACACUGGAACCCCAUCUCGGGCAUGGUGGACGAGCCAACCAAGGGCUGUCGGCACAUCAGUUAUGCGAUCAUCUUCCGCACCAUGGAGCGUUACCUCAGCCAUCCCGACGCCAAGCUGUCUCGUGUGGCGUGCCAGGUGCUCAAGUGUGCACUGGCGACACCAGCGGGCUUUUCCUUUGCCUCACAGCACGGGCAGGCAGAGGACAUGGAGGACACUUUUGCCUUUCUUCACCCUUUUGUGCCUUCGCAAUGUAAGGCAAGUCUCGUCCUCUACUACAUAUAUGGCUACCACGACCGACACUCGCCUCAAGACUUUCUGGAGAAGUACUUGGAGUACUGCGAUAUUGCAGGGAUACCCCCUGACCGCCAUGUGCAGUUGCUUCCAGCAGCAUUGGAGGGGUCAGCCAAACAAUGGUGGCACUUCUCAGCUAGACUCACGAGCUUCAAAGAGUCUGUGCUGGAGGAAGUGGACAGCAAUGGCGACAUUGUCAAGUCUUGGUGUCAAAGGGGUCUGAAAAGCUUUGAAGCUAAAAAGCAGCAGAAAGUUGUCAUCGAACACCUGGAGUCCUUCAACCUGGGUCGUGCGACAGCAGAUAUAAUCAUUGACUGUGUCGAAAGGAGUAUAACAGAGCUUCCCAAGGAAAAGCUACUCUGCUUCUUCAGUGACGGCCCCAACACAAUGAAAAGUGUGAAGAAACUGAAAGAUGCUGUCCACCGAAAUAUUCUGGACAUUGGAGAGUGCAACCUCCACAAGAUCCUGCCCUGCCUUGUAACAGUAGAAGAGACUGUUAAAUCCAUAAAGUAUGUUGUUGCCAGUGUGCCCCAUAUGAUAAACGGCAAGCAGGUAAGUCCAUUGGAGCGCCCGCUUAGUGCAACCGACCUGUCCCGUUUGGAGUUGUGGGCACCUGAGGAGGCCUGCGACCACGCCACCUGGAUCACCAAUCUGGUCUGCACGCUGAUUCGGUGCUGCAAUGACCACAUCUUAUGGGCUCUGCUGCCUCUCUGCUCGAUGGCGGUGGACCUGUGUGAGUUGCUGUUUCCGCUGGUGGUGGAGACACUGUCGGAUGAGGGCAGCUACUGGAGUGCGGUCGUGUCGGGCAUGGCAAUCUUUCUGGACCACCAUGCUGAAGCUCAGGUCAAGGAUGAGGCCCAAAGGAGCCAGUCCACCGUCGUCUCCGAGCCAAUGAGCACCGAGUUGACCAGCGGCCUAGUUUACUGCUGUCAGUCAUCUGUAGCUGUUAUGAUGUCAGCUGUGGAACGCAUGGUGGUCCGCCGGGAUGCAAAGGCCAGGACGCUGUGGGAGGGCCUGCGGCUCGGCUGCGUGAACUUCCUGCGGGCAGCUCAGGCUGCCGAGUUUUGUGGCCACCACGUGACCGCCGUGCAGUGCGUGGAGCUGUGGUGGGACUCGCUUGCUAGGCCAUGCGAUGAUGGGGGCGCCCCAUUCUUGCACUGGAGUGCCGCAGAGGCAGCUCCGGUGCAGUCAGUGCUGCUGUCCUCCUUGUCUGGCCUCGGGGACCUGGAUGCCCUGACCGGCUGCCGGUGCCUGGCACUGGGGGGACCGGCACACUUGCUGCUGUGGCGCCACUGGGCGGAGCAGCAGGGCGGUCACUGGCCCACACUGUUGGCACAGGCUGACCUUGCGGCCACGGGGCGCAACGCCCGCCUCGGCCAUGCCCUGAAGCAGUGCGGCCUCUACCACACGCUGGCCGCCUACCUGGAGCCCAGCACGCCCGACCUGGCCGAGUUGCAAGCCGAGUGUGCUUGGCGUUUGGCUAAUUGGGACUGCCAGCUGUCCCACGACGACCAUGGGUGUGGACACAUGGGACUGCACCGUGGAAUUUUCAUGACAUUGUCCUCCAUGAGUAGCCAGGACACUGAAGAACUCUGUUCUGGACUGAAAGCCUGCAGGGAGCUGCUGAGCAGUCGGUUCUCUGCAAUGACCCAGCUUGGCUCGACCCUGCAACUCAACCAGCUUCUGGCAAAAAUGCAGAUGUGCACGGUCCUUGAGGAAUGUGCUGCUCUGCUGUGUGGCAACGAGGAUGAAGCGGUGCUGUUGGCCAGGUGGGAGCAGAGAGCAGCGCAGCCGGCAGUGCACUUCGAUGUGGCCGAGCCAGUGCUGUGGCUCCAGAGCGUGGUACUCGGCCAGCUGCACAGCCUGCAAGCCGACGCUGCCCGCACCUCAAUACUGAGACACUAUGCAGUGCACGCACGAAUCAACCAGCGUUUGGCGCUGGCACGGGUAGCGCUGCAGCAGCUCGAGUGUUGUGCCCCGGACCAGGCAAGCCGGUGGCUGCUGGAGGAGGCUCGAAUCCAGCUAGCACAUGGAGACUGCACCGAAGCCCAGCACACCCUGUGGACCCUGCUGAGACAGCUGAGCCAGCAGCACGAGAUGUGCAAUGCACAGGAGACUGGCGGCGUCACGAGGGCAUAUGCCGAGGUGCUGCAGCUGUACGGAGAAUGUUUGGCCGAGUCUCACUUGGAGAGCUCGGACACAAUUGCCAGGGAGUACUUGGACAAGGCCGUGCAGCUUCUGUCGGGGCGUGCGGAAGAUGCUUUGUGGGCUGCCCACCUGCGGCUGGCACAGUUUGCCGACUCACAGUUACAGAGCAUGGAGCAGUACCUGCACUCACCUGAAUUCAGGGCCAAGCAGGAGCUGCUUCAGCAGUCGUCACAUAUCCUGGACUGCACCCAGUCCUCUGGCAAGCGCACAUCUAUAGAGGAGGCGCGCGCCCUUCGCCUGCUGGAGCGCCAGAGCAACCUGGACCGGGGCGAGGCAGCCAGCCUGGAAGCGGUGCGUAGGCGCCACCUGCUGCAAGCCAUUGACAACUACUUGCAGUGCCUGCGCGGAGGGCACAGCCUGCGUCUGUUCCGGCUGGUCUCGCUCUGGAUCGCCAAUGCUACUGCGCCCGAGGUCAAUGCCCUGCUUCAGCAAGGCCUCAGAAAACUGGAGAGCCACAAGUUUGUGCCCCUCAUCUACCAGCUGGCUGCUCGCAUGAGCCGACCUGAUGGAAGCACUUUUCCUGGGCUCCUCUUUCAGCUGAUAGAGCGUGUGGUGCGAGACCACCCGUACCAGACCUUGCCCGUGGUGCUGGCCCUGUGCAAUGCAGACAGGGACCCCACAGCAACAAUCCCACGGGCAGCUAAGAAGGCCAAGACAAGCCCCACAGAGGACCGUGUGGAGGGCGCACGCUACCUGGUGUUGCAGCUACGCAAGGGUGGCGGUCUCUGCUCCUCGAUUCUGGGCCCACUCGAACGGCUCAUGGAUGCGUACAUUCACCUGGCAUACCUGGACCCACCCGGUGUGCCCCGAGGACAAACUGCAGUGCGGCUUCCCAGAGACACACCACUGCUCAAGUUGGGCCCGAUGGACCGUGUGCCUGUGCUGACACAAAAUGUUGAGGUGGACCAUAGUGCCUCAUAUUGCAACCUGCCAGGAAUCCUGAGGUUUUCAGCUGAGUAUCGACUGUGCGGAGGCAUCAACAAGCCCAAAGUUAUUACCUGUGUCAGUCAAGAUGGCUCCGAAUACAAACAGCUCGUCAAGGGCCGUGAUGACCUGCGCCAGGAUGCAGUUAUGCAACAGGCAUUUGGCCUGGUCAACUGCCUGCUUGCUCACGACCCCACAGCAACAGGGAGGCUGGCCAUGCGCACGUACAAGGUGGUCCCGCUGUCGCGUCGCAGCGGCCUGGUGCAGUGGUGCGAAGGGACGCAGCCCUUCUCGGAGUUCCUGCUCACACCACACACGGGGGCCCACCAGCGCUACCAGCCACACGACUGGACACCUGUGGCUUGUCGCAACGCUAUGCAGGAGGUGCACAAAGGUUCCCCAGAGGAGCGCCUGCACGUCUACCAAGAAGUGUGCAGCCACUUCCACCCAGUGUUCCGGUAUUUUUUUUUCGAGCAAUUCCCAGAGCCCAGCCGUUGGUUUGAGCGACGCCGGGCAUACAUCCACAGUGUGGCCACAGGAUCCAUAGGCAAGCAUACUUGUUUAAUUGCUAGCAGCUGA